GAGAUGCAGGAGGAGUUUGUGGGCGACUUCCAGGUCGGGGAACGAGUCUGGGUGAACGGGAACAAGCCUGGAUUCAUCCAGUUCCUCGGGGAGACCCAGUUUGCCCCUGGUCAGUGGGCCGGGAUCGUCUUGGACGAGCCCAUCGGCAAGAACAAUGGCUCGGUGGCGGGUGUGCGCUACUUCCAGUGUGAGCCGCUGAAGGGCAUCUUCACCCGGCCGUCCAAGCUGAGUAGGAGCUUCCAGGCGGACGAUGAGACCAACUGCCGGCAGCCAGCGCCUGCCGCCUGGGCCACCCCGCCCCUGUCGGCCUCCCCGGCCCCUGCCGGCACCACGAAGGUGCCCCAGUCCCCCGCGAAGGAGUCACCGGCCACCCCUCACAUCAGCAGCCUGACCAGGACGGCCAGCGAGUCCAUCUCCAACCUCUCUGAGGCCGGCUCCCUCAAGAAAGGGGAGCGGGAGCUGAAGCUCGGGGACCAGGUGCUGGUGGGAGGCAUGGAGGCCGGUGUGGUGCGCUUCCUCGGGGAGACGGACUUCGCCAAGGGGGAUUGGUGCGGCGUAGAGCUGGACAAGCCACUGGGCAAGAACGAUGGUGCCGUGGCCGGAACGAGGUACUUCCAGUGUCAGCCCAAGUAUGGCUUGUUUGCUCCCAUUCACAAAGUCACCAAGAUCGGCUUCCCGUCCACGACGCCGGCCAAGGGCAAGGUGGCCGCCGUGAGGCGUGUGAUGGCCACCACCCCCGCCAGCCUGAAGCGCAGCCCUUCGGCCUCCUCGUUCAGCUCCGUCAGCUCCGGGGCCUCAUUCGAGAGCAGCAGAUCCGGCCGCACGGGACUAGUAACCAGAAACUUCCUCCACUAUGCCCACAAGAUCUCCAGCACCACCGCCCUCCAGGAGGCGCUGAAGGAGAAGCCGCAGCACAUUGAGAAGCUGCUGGCUGAGCGGGACCUGGAGCGGGCGGAGGUGGCCAUGGCCACAAGCCACGUGGGGGAGAUAGAGCAGGAGUUGGCCCUGCACAUUCUGGAGCUGGAGGCCAAGAACGACGAGCUGCGGGCCAUGUUGGAAGCAACCGACUGGGAGAAGUCCAAGCUGGAGACGGCCAUCGCCCCGCACCAACAGGCCAUGGGCAAGCCGAAGGCAUCCGUGAGCCAGGGCGUGGGCGCCGAGGCGGCCGAGCUGGCCGAGCUCAAGAUGCAGAUCGAGAGGCUACAGUUCGAGUACCAGCAGGAGGUGGAGAGCCUGAAGGAGGAGAAGGUGGACGUGGCCGAGCUGAAGUCGCAAGCCGAUAAGGCCAAGUUCGGAGCCCGUGUGGUCUCUUUGCCGCGGUGCGCCCACCCACUGCUGGCCGUCUGCGGUAUUGCAGUCUGGAGCGCGUGUGGCCCCUUUGCCGUGGUGGUCCCGCCCCCUGCUGGCCGUCUGCGGUAUCGCAGUAUGGAGCGUGCGUUCAAGGUGGGAGGUCUGUGA